AGGAUUUAUAUAUAUAAAGAUGUUUAUGCUAAGAUAUUUUUUACUAAUGAUCCUGAGAGUUCUGUCUCUACCAAGAUUAUCAAUGGAGGAGGAAGGAACCCCGUGUUUAACGAUAAUCUUCGUUUAAGUGUUAGGACUGUCGAUUCUUCUCUCAAAUGUGAGAUUUGGAUGAUGAGUAGGGUCAAGAAUUAUCUUGAAGACCAAUUGCUUGGUUUUGCUUUAGUACCUUUGUCUGAAGUAUUGAUGAAAGAUGGAAAACUAGAGAAAGAGUUCUCUCUUUCUUCAACCGAUCUAUUCCAUUCCCCGGCAGGUUUCGUUCAAUUGUCUGUUGCUUACAACGGUGCUUCGCCCGAUGUUAUGGAAAUUUCGGCAAUGCCUAAUGCUGAAUUGGAUCGAAAUGGCAUUCAGAAGGACUCGGAAACAUGUGAGUCGAUCGUUAGAGAUUUAGGUAAAAUCGAGUUCCCGGAUCCGAAAAUUGUAAAUGAAGAUCAUAUAAUGGUUUCAGAAUACUUUGGCACUGAUAGCUUGGCCACUACUGAUACUGAAAAUCUUAGUUCUGAAAAAGGUGUUCAAUUUGUGGAAAGCUUCUCGGCGGCAUGUAGUGCGGAAUCUGUUGAACCUCCGAAAGUUGAAUCGCCGUCUAGCAGUGUGUCAACAAAUGGUGUUGUUUCAAGCACAAUUUCAAGCACGAAAGAGAAAACCGUUGAUCUCAAAGAUGGCGAGAGUGAUUCAUCGAACGCGUUGCUGAAUGAGGCAUUUCAAAAGCCUGUUGUGAGUGUGAAUAUUGAGCCAGAGCCAAAAAUGGUGCAGCAGGAUAUAGUAGACAUGUACAUGAAAAGUAUGCAGCAAUUUACUGAGUCCUUAGCAAAAAUGAAGCUUCCUAUGGAUUUUGAAAGUGGACCAACUAGAAAGGAUUUAUAA